GUUCUUUGUUAUGAAGCAUCACUCUUCCAUUUCAUGAAUUCCAGCCGUCCUGUUCAGUGCGCGGCAUUUUAUCUACAGCGGUCGACUUGACUUUCUGACUUUCUCGGUCGCUCCGUCUACCAGCAAACCGUCACCCGAAGAACUACCGACAACCCCUUGGUAAACAAACAUGAUGCUGUGGAAGAGAGCAUGCAAGAACCCAAAUGACGAGGUCGACAUCUGCGAAAAAUAUGUCACAACCUUCCAGACGACUGGGAUCCCUCUGAUCAUAGGCUUGAGUCUCUUUGCGAUCCUGUUGGCUAUCAUGUUUGUUAUUGUGAGGAAGAACCGGAGGAAAAGAAAGGCAGAGGAAGCAGAGAAGCACCAGAACAUCGAGGAUGAUGUCGAGCUGGAGUUUACCGUUUCUACACACAAACAGCAAAGAUACAAUGGACAAGGACAGCAGCAGCAGCAGCAGCAGCGCGCACCUGAUGUGGAAAAUGCAUUCGAAGCCAAUGGGCCACCGCCAAAAUACUAGUGCAAGGUUGAUCCGGGUAUCUCUGAUAACAUGCUGUACAAUGUGGCAUGAGUCGAUCAUCCCGACUUGGAUUUCUCAAUCUCAUGAAUGAUAUCCUUCUCGAUACUCUCCGGCUUGGUCAUACUACCCCAUCGCUGGACGACCUUCCCAUCACGACCGAUCAAGAACUUCUCAAAAUUCCACUUAAUCCUCUUCAAGCCCAGCAGGCCUGGCUUUUCCGACUUCAUCCAUUCGAACACUGGCUCCGCAUGAUCGCCAUUGACAUUGGUCUUGCCCAAAACGGGGAAUGAGACACCAUAGUUCAACUGACAGAACUCUUGGAUUUGCUCGUUCGAGCCGGGAUCUUGACCACCAAACUGAUUGCAUGGGAAUCCAAUGAUCACGAAUUGAUCAGGGUAUUUUUCAGAAAUUUUCUUCCACAGCGACUCGAGCCCGGCGAACUGAGGAGUGAAGCCACAUUUCGAGGCUGUGUUGACGGCUAAGAUGACUUUUCCUUUGUGCUGAGCAAGAGGAUAGUCUUGGUCGCGUUUGUCUUUGGGGGUGAAGUCGUAGAAAGUGGUAGCCGACGCCAUGUCGGAUCUUGUUGGAGGCGCAGGGAUGCUUGAGAGGAGACGAGAUCUGUAGACAGCGGCACUGGUGUUGUUCUGUAAUCUUCCGGAACUCGAAACUGGGAUGAAGGACAAGGAAAAUGGUGAAAUGAGUCUGGUGCAGAGCGACGAUUUAAAGUGACGAGGGAUUUGGAAUGCAAACCGAGUGCCUUGCAUAAAGAUCGCAGGUGACGAGGACUGCGGUGAACGGUGAACGGGCUGAGCGGUGAAUGGGUCAAUGGGUCAAUGGUACGAUUGGCAGGAUACAAGUAGGAGCGAGAUCCUAUCAUCCUACGAGUGGACAUCCGAGGUUCAUUCCUGGUCCUGCUGGUCCAAGCUUGUGGACGACAUCGAUCGCCACCGAAACUGCUACAAUUCGUGCGGCAAGCGCCGAGA